AUGACGGCCAUAUUCCUGGGCCUCGUAAUCCUCGUCGUGGCCGCGCUGCUGGCCGCCAUUGGUGUGAGCGUGACGAUCAACACGCGGAGGCUGCGCGAGAAGACAGCAGUGCUGGCGGCGCUCAAGGAGCAGGCGGAGGUGGCGGAGCGCAACAAGAGUGUGUUUGUUGCCAACACCGCGCAUGAGCUGCGCACGCCCAUCAAUGGCAUGGAAGGCAUGCUCAAGCACCUGGACGAGAGGGGGCUGGACGAGGAGCAGAAGGAAGACGUGGGGGCAGUGGUGGAGCAGGCGGAGAAGAUUCUGAGCCUUGUCAACACGGUGCUGGACGUGUGCAAGGCUGAGGCGGGCCGCCUGCACCUGGAGAGCCUGCCAUUCGACCUGCGCUCGUGGCUGCGUGACGCGCUGCACUCACACGUGCACGCUGCUCAGGAGCAAGGCUUGAACUUCACAUGGCAUGUGGAUGGCGAUGUGCCCAGUGUGGUGGUGGGGGACUACCUUCGCCUGCAGCAAGUGGUGGACAGAAUAGUUGACAACGCCGUCAAGUUCACGACCAGCGGAGGCGUGUGCGUGCGGGUGCAGUGCCUCCCCCCCCACACCCACAUCCCCACCCACCUGCUCUCCCUCGGCUGCCUCGUCACUGAACCCAACCCCUGCUGCUCCUCGCCUGCCGCUGCUACCACUGCUGCAAAAACCGCUGCUGCUGCUACUGCUGCUGCUGCGAGUGCAGCUGGGCAUCGGGUGGGAGCGGGAGAGCCGCUAAUUAGGGCGUCGUUGUGGGAGCAGGUGGGGCAGCGAGGGCUGGCGAGGGUGGUGACGGGCGCAUGCAGUGAGUGGAUGGUCCAGCGAGGCCUGGCUGCGCAGUGCCUGGGGUGCUACUGGCGCAUGCCCCCGGUUCAGGAGGGGGGACCGGAGCAGGAGGAGAGCGAGGAGAAGGGGGGGCGUGAGGAGAGGGAGGAGGGGGAGGAGAGGGUAAGCGUUCGGGAACAAAGUGAUGCGUACCAAGAAAGCGGGGGAGAUGGGGGAGGCGAGAGGCCUGGGGGAGCCCAAGUGGGCGAUGCGGGGUGUAGAGAGACAGGCGCAGCGUUGAUCCCUCUGCGACCACGUGCUGCUGUGCACGGAGCAGCGAGUGCUGGUGAGGAUGCUGGGAGUGCAGCAGGGAGCACAGCUCCAGGGGAUGGUGCUGUGGGCUCGUGGAGGAGAGCUGUGGGGCGGUGUUGGCGUGCACGGGGCAGGGAGCAAGGCACGGAGGCAGAGGGGGGAGGUGACAGGCGGUGUGUGGUGGUACUGACGUGUGAGGACACAGGGUGUGGCAUCGCAGAGGAGGUGCAGCGCCACGUGUUUCAGGCGUUCAUGCAGGUGAGCCCUGCCCCUCAUGCAGGGCAAGGCGAUUCUGGUGGUGGACGACAACGCCAUCAACCGGCGGGUGGCAGCAGCACGCUGGCGCGGUACGGGGCGCAGGUGGCGCUGGCAGAGUCGGGCGACGCCGCGCUGCGCCUGCUGCAGGCGCCCCACUCCUUCCGCCUCGUGCUCAUGGACCUCCAGAUGCCCGGCCUCGACGGUUUCCACACCACCGCCCGCCUGCGCGCCCUCGAGGCCCAAGCCAACACAGCCCAGGAGGGUUUGCAGGGAGGGCAGGAGGCUAAGGAGGAGCAGGGGGGGCAGGGAAGUCAAGGCGUGCAGUGCAUGGCAGAGGUGGGGAAGAGGGGGACGGAGGGCGGGUCGGGGGGCUGGCAGGGGCAGCAGCACAUCCAUGUGGUGGCCAUGUCAGCAGAUGUGGACAGCACUGUUGCCGCCCGUGCCACACAGGCUGGCAUGGAUGGUGCUGUGCAGAAGCCACUCAACGAGAGGCUGCUGCUGCAGGUGCUUUCAACACUAAAUGGUUUGUAA